AUGCUUUUUUUAAGAAGAAAUCUCUUUAAGAGGUGUUUUGCAACAAUCAAUUUUAACAAGGACUACUACAAAACUCUAGGAAUAAACAAGAAUGCAUCUAAGGCUGACAUAAGGAAAGCUUAUUUAAAUCUUGCAAAGCAAUAUCAUCCUGACUCGCCAACAGGAAAUGAAGAGAAAUUCAAAGAUAUUGGAGAAGCCUAUGAAAUCUUAGGCGAUGAAAGCACAAAAUCACAAUAUGAUAUGGGAAAAGCCAGCGGGCAACAAGGAACUCACUAUGAUAAUCCAUAUUCUGACUUUUGGGGAAGAUCCCAAAAAGGCAGAACUUAUCAGCAAUACCAAAACCAAUAUCAGAACCAAUAUCAAAAUACAGGGAAAAAUAGACAACAAAAAAACACAUAUUACUAUGAAUCUUAUAACCCAUUCACAGGGAAAAAGACUUAUUAUACCUAUGAAGAGAAUAGCAAUUCCAGAAAUCAAGGCCAAAAUUUUAAUAAAGAAUGGGAAGAGCUUUUAAAGGAAUUUAAUAAAGCCAAUUUUAGAGCAGGCCCAUUCAAAAAUCCGUUCACAGAUUUUUUUAAACAAAGCCAGCAGCAGUACAACCAGCAAUACCAAGACCCAUUUCAGGACUUUUAUAAACCUAGAAGAUCAACGAUAGGAGAAAUUUUCAUAAGAGGAUUAAAGAUUUUUGGAUGAAUUGUGCUAUUUUCUCUAUUUAGCAGAAUUUUAUUUGGAUCACGCAAGCCUCCACCUGUAGAUAGAUAUGGCAACCCAAUAGAAUACCAAGAUGAAUAUCAAUAUAGGCCAAGACAAGAUCCUUAUUAUGACCCUAAUCGUAGAUUUUAA